GCAAUGAAAAGGCAGGGCAAAACCUUAAGGCGAGGGCCGAAGGCCCGAAACAAUGAAAAGGCAGGGCAAAACUUUAACGGCGAGGGUCGAAGGCCCGAAGCAAUGAAAAGGCAGGGCAAAACUUUACCGGCGAGGGCCGAAGGCCCGAAGCAAUGAAAAGGCAGAGGGCUAAACUUUACCGGCGAGGGCCGAAGGCC